CCGUUUAGGGUUUUAGGUUUUCUUCAGUGUUUUUGCUUUUAAAGUUUUCACGUUGUUCUCCAAUCUCCAUCUUCAAUUUCUGUUAAUCAAAUAUCAAAUUCUAGUGUUUUGUUGUUUGAUCCAAUUCUUCAUCUGAGUUCUAUUGAUAUUGAAGAAUCAAAAUGAGUUUCUGUGAUUACUUGGCAUCAUUUGCACCUUUUCCCAACGGUAUAGAUCCUAUGGCUGUUUGGCCUCAAUUUCCUCACGAACAACCCGAUGUUAAUUCACUAUUUGAUCAUGAAUCUCCACCCAUGAAAAGGCGUAAGAUUUCUUCUGAUAGCCAAUUCACAAAUGAAAAUCAUAGAACCCAUCAAACUAAUCCCCCUGUCAAUCAACCAAAUGGGAAAAUGUUUUUUAAAACUAGAUUAUGCAUAAAGUUUAAAAUGGGUCAAUGUAAGAAUGGUGAAAAUUGCAAUUUUGCUCAUGGAGAGGAAGAUUUGAGAAAGCCUCCUCCUAAUUGGCAAGAAUUGAUCGGGAGUAGAAUGGAGGAUAGAAUGAAUAAUUGGGAGGAUGAUGAUAAGAUCAUUAAUAGGAUGAAACUUUGUAGGAAGUUUUACAAUGGGGAAGAAUGCCCAUAUGGAGCAAGAUGUAAUUUCUCACACGUAGAGCCUCCCAAGUGUAAGGAGAAUUCAACUCGAUUCCAAGACGAUCGUAGGGAGUGUUCUUCAAUCAGCAUUGGUACCAUCCCACCUCAUAUGGUGCAGGCCCGGACUCAUGAUCAAUAUGCGAAUGCUAAUGGUGAUGCAAUGAGAGGGAACUCGAGGCCGGUUCAUUGGAAAACAAAGCUUUGUACUAAGUUUGAGGUUACAGGGCACUGUCCUUUUGGUGAUACUUGCCAUUAUGCUCAUGGCCAAGCAGAUUUAUUGGUGCCUGGAGGUCGUCCUACUGAGACUGAUGAAUUGAAGAUACAUUAUGUUCCUUCGAAAUCUGUCUCCUCUACGGAUAUUGAUCCAAUUCCGUCGAAAGCUUAUGCUGGAGUCGCGUCCACUCAAUCAGUUCAGCCAAAGAAUGGUGUUUUAAAAUGGAAAUUAAAUAAAAAAAUCAAUCGCAUUUACGGAGAUUGGAUUGAUGAUCAGCCUCUCAUAUUACCAAAUGAACAAGAGAACUGAUUUUUGUAGUGUAGGUUUUGCAAGUUUUGCUACAUAAAUAUUCAUAGUUAGUCAUUUAUUCAUUGAUAAUUACUAAUUUUUCAGUUUUCUUUACAACGUUUUCAAGUUAAUCUCUGUCUUGAGCCUCUAGCUGGGGUAUAGGAAAAAUACUCUAUGUAGUUAUAAUAACAACAAAGUUUGAAUAAAGUAUUGUUUUUUCUUAGUAA